CAGACGCCACACGCCAGACGUCCGCCAUGGCCCGCGCUCGCACCACCGCCGCCGCCUCCCGCCGCUGCCGCGCGCAGACACCGCUCCAGCUGCCUCUAGUCCUGGUCGUGCUGUUGGCAGCCUCAGCGGCCGGCGCGCACACCCACCGCGUCGCUAAGGGCUUCUUCGACUUCCUGUGGGACCUGGGAGAGGAAGUAGCGGAGCAGAGGGAAGUGGCGGACGGCGACGAUACUGAUGCAGACGUCGACGGCGGCCCGCUGGAGCGCGCCUGCUCUUGCGAAGGACCCGCCUGCACGUGCUGCGUGGACUUCAAUUUCACCUACGUCGAUCUCGGUGGCCCAGGAUGUGUGGAGAUGACAUACUUGUCUCCUGCUGAAGGAAUUAAUGUGAAUAUUUCUUAUGGAGACAAUGUCCUUCUGAGUGAAGCAAUCAAGGGUGCAAAACCAGAUCCAGUGUGUCUAAAUAUGCUGGGUGGCCUCACACAACUGUGCGCACGAUUUAGUGAUCUUGCACCUACCUCUGAUGGGUUGAGAUGGUGCUUGCAGUUGGAACCUGCUCUACUUGGUGAUGUACAAGCUCAAUUCCCACUUGGCUGCUUUCGAAUGGGAUCAGAUGGAAUGGUUCCGGAUCCACCAGUGAAUGCCACACUUCCACCAGCCAAUACCGCUGAGACAACUGAAGAAGACAUCAAUGAAGAAGCUUUAAUUGCAGCAGUAAAUGAAUCAGCUGAAGAAAGUAUUUCAUUCCUGAGUAAUCUUUUAGGAAUUACAUUGUCAGGAUCAAACAAAACUCAAGAACAAAACACAACUGAAGUAGCAACAGAAUCUUCAGAGAAUCCAGAAAGCAAAAGAAGAUCAUUGCAGCAACAUAAAAAGACAUUCAUAAAAAGUGCAAAUGAGAAGUUGUGAAAUCAUUUGUCACAGCUUCAUUGAUUGUCAAGACUGCAAGAAAAUGACUCUCUUGUUACUUCAUAGUCAUUAAUUUAUUUAUUACAUUUCAGAAUGUAGUGAACAAAAGCUAAUUCCUAAAAUUCGUUAUAUAAGUUAUUUAUAUUUGUUAUGUAGAAACACAUUAGAGAAACUUUCAUUUUCAUGAUUUUAGCUUAUGAGUAAAGUUAAUUAUAUAUAACUGAUGUACAAACUACUGUCAAGGACAAUUUUUAUAACAUGAAAUUACUUAUGUGCAGAUAUAAGAGUUUCUCAGGUCAGUGAUAAUUUAAGGUUGAUCCAGCAUUAGUUGAAUAAUAUCCCUUGAAAAAAAGUCAUGAAAAGUUAAGUCGGUGAUGUUAUGUGUGUGACUGUUCCAACUUUUGUAUGGUGUUGUAUACUGCCAAUAAUAAUCAGUAAUGAAACUUAAGAUAAUAAAUUGUUAUCUAUUGAACAUAACAUUGUAAUUCAAUUCAGAUAAUUCUCAGUUUCUUGUAUUUAUUUCAUUUUAAAAUGUUGAUGUAUCUGAACUCUAGAACAAUUUUUAAUCAAAAACAUGGAAUGUGGUAGAAUAAUAUGACCAACUGUUUUAAAAAUACAGAUACUGCAACUGAUACAAUAUAUCAAUAAUUUCAAUGUUUAAUUAAAAAAAUUGAACACCUUUCAUUGUGCACAUCCACCUAAUGUAUUGAUGUUUUGAUGAUGAUUUUGAGUGUGAAUCAAAAUAAAUGACACUUUUAAAGUG